AUGUCUUCUCUGCAGAUGGCCGGCACCAUGGCAGAAAGGACCAAAAUCUCCUCCAUGGAAACUGGACAGUGUGUAUGUGGAUGAAGAAAACCUGCAAGUUGUGUUUGUGUGUGCGGUCCCUGCAGUCAGUCUUCAUCCAUGACUGUCUUAAUUUCUCUUUUCUCUAGCCUAUAUGGUCAAACUCUUUGUCCAUCCAUGACAAUGGGCUGUUUUUGUGUGGACAGACUGAGCUGAGGCUUACUGAGUUGAGUCAUGUUCCACAACAGUAGAGAGGGUUAUAGUUCAGAGUUCAUCUUAUGGAGGUCUGACCAGAGCCAGAGCCCAGGGAGCUGACUCAUUAGAGUAGUACAUCAUUUAUUUCAGCUCUCUGUCAAAGUCAUUUGAAUAGAAGUAUUGGGAUAAUAACAAACCUUCUAGUUAUUUACCAUCUUGUAUUUUGUCCAGAAUUCUUUUGUUCUUUUUUUUAUUUUUAUAGCAUGUUACAGAAUGAAGACAAACAGCAAACAAUGCCAUGAUGUAUCUAAGAAGAAACUACAUUAUGUCUCUCCCGGCCUUUCACGUAUGCCUCCCUGUCACCCCAUCGGCCUAAUUUAUGCUGUUGUUUUGGGAAUUUGAAAUCCCCCCUCCAUCUGUAGCCACCACAGCAGUCAGCCAGCAGUGGAUUGUAUAACGGGAUUAGUGCUUGCAUAAAAACAUCCUGGUGGUCACGGGUCCUAAGGAAGUGUGUGGGGUGGGACUGGGGACCCGCUACGCUACCAUCCAAGGGACUGGGGACCCGCUUGCAGCAGCCCUAAUCCUCUUAGCCCCACCUCUGUGCUGCGGCUGCCCCAUCCUGCCCUUCCAGCAGGCACGUGCUCCACACUCCAUCAGCUUCAUCUCUCAGAUCAAACAUCAGAUUACGCCAGUGGCCGUUUAGACCCACACAGUCAGAUGAUGACAGCCUCAAUCCAGAUCCAAAUGGGAAGAUUUAAAAUCCGGUGAGUCAAUAAAUUGCCCUGUGUUGAGAGCUUUACCCGGGGCAAAGAAGAGUGUGAUGACCUGUUUGUCAGCCACUGUGAACUUGGCUAACUAGUAUGACAUUGGCAGGUUGAUUUUACACAUGCACUCUAUAAAUAUAGUAGCAACUGGAUUUUGAAGUCGUUGACAGUAGAUUCAAGUCUAUAGAUUUGCCAAGAAAAAGUAGAGAGGAUAAGGGGUUAAAAUAGUGGUUGCACUGUAGAGUCUUGGAGAGCGAAUCAACUGCAUGUUCUAUUGAAACAGUUCAUGUGAGAGCAAUGUUUUAUUUACAAGUUCAUCCUGGGGGUACACUGAAGGUCUACGACACUGUUGUCAUAUUUAAACUGCAGUUCCAGAGGAAUAGAGUAACAAGGCUGAAAGACUUUCGAGGACAGAAUGGCUCUAAGCAAAGACACUUUGCAACACUAUUGAAAUAAUUUCAGUGCACUGCAGACAGAACAGAAAAUAAUAACUUGGCAUAACGGAAAUCUCCACAAGACCUUACGGAGGUGAUCAUGACUAUGAUAGUCUUCAAAGUCGAGACAUAACUGACAUAAUUGACCAAGGACCUAAAAGUUGUCUAUGCAGGGUAGCAGAGAGGUUUAAUGCUGACCAAUGGGCCUGACUAGGACCGUCACUGUAUACAGCUGCUCUGCUCAAAAGCCAAUAACUGGCAGAUACAGAAUGGGCUGUUGCAGACAGUGUGAGUGAGACAGGUUCUCCUCCACAACAUUUGCUUGUGCUGUGUGUGAGGUAGUCUAUGCUUGGCAGACAGCCAGGAGGCAGGUGAGUGAUCCUGGAGAAUGAAGGGCAGAGGAAGGCUUGUUAUGAACGCCCUGACGUAGAGUCUAUCUAUGAUAAUAUAUAAUAAUAAAUAAUAUAAUUAUAAUAUAAUAUAUAAUAAUAUAAUAUAAUAUGCCAUUUAGCAGAUGCUUUUAUCCAAAGCGACUUACAGUCAUGUGUGCAUUUUUACGUAUGGUGCACAGGUACUGAUGAUAAUGUAGGUUCAUGGAGCAGCAUUAGCCACCCCCACCAUUUUAAAAUGGAAAUGAAGUCCAGAGUCGGCACCACCACAGGGACAUGGCUGAAGGAGACUGCUGCAUGAGACAAAACAGAGGUUUAACAAGAUUAUGCAGGCUGGCGAGACAACGCACCUCGAAUGACAACAGCCCACCUUGUUCAAUUACGCUGGUCUCAUUCAAGCUAAACUAACCAUUUGGAAACACUCACUAAGUCUGUUUUUAAAUGUGUAGCCUAAGCCUAAUAUUGGUGCAGGUGUAGAGAACGGCCUUGAAUAUGUAUCACUAAUCCAUCCAUGGUUAGGUUAUGAGUGGUUAAUCAUCUGUAAUGACAGGUUUUUGACCACAGAUAAUGAACAGGUUUGAGUCAACUGAAAGAAAGGAUCAAGGACAUCUGACAGCAUUAGUAAUUACAGGCCCGUGUCCUGCCACGGGAUGGUCGGUCGCUGAAUCUGCUGAAUCCUUUUCUCAUGCAAGGUAGUGGUUGGUUGUCCUCAAGCAAGGGGACUUGGUAGUGGUUGGUUGUCCUCAAGCAAGGGGACUUGGUAGUGGUUGGUUGUCCUCAAGCAAGGGGACUUGGUAGUGGUUGGUUGUCCUCAAGCAAGGGGACUUGGUAGUGGUUGGUUGUCCUCAAGCAAGGGGACUUGGUAGUGGUUGGUUGUCCUCAAGCAAGGGGACUUGGUAGUGGUUGGUUGUCCUCAAGCAAGGGGACUUGGUAGUGGUUGGUUGUCCUCAAGCAAGGGGACUUGAAUUGCAGUUUUUACAGUCGAUUCCCAAAACCUCACACCCUCUCCUUAAGACACUGAUUUUAGUCACAACAAGCUAAUUUGGUUUAAAGUUGAUUGGUUACAGACUGUUAUAGAAAAUGGACAGAUUGUAGCCUGACAGGUUGUUGGGAAAUUGGUGUUCUGACUAGUCCUGCUCCCUUCAAUCACACCACAUAUUGUUAUCGACUACAUUUUGUUUCACUGAAUCAUAGCUACAGUUUAGUCAUUCUUUUACCAAUGACAGUUUGCGUUUUCUCUUUUGACAUCAUUUCUUUUCUUUUUGCAUUUAGUUGUCACUCAGUUAUAACAAGGUUUCAAAUCUGUCACUAUGACUAAUCAUAAAUCAUCUGUUAUCCUGGACUAUUUGUAUCUACAACAACUUUUUCCUACGGGAAGAAAGGGUUGCUCUCGUUUUAUGACUCGAAUGACCUAACUUUUCAUAAGUGCCCUAUUUAUUCACUAACUGGACUAUAGGUUUGGCUGAGCUGCAAAUUGUGACGUGUUGCGUUGUCACAUUUCUUCAUGAAUGACAUGCGUUUUACUAACAGAUUAGUUGUCAUGCAGGUGCCAGAAUUGACAGGGACACUUAUGACAUGCCUGUCGAGUUCCAAUCGAGAUAUAGUGGAAGAGAAUGUUGACAGGCUUUAUGCUAGGGAGAAGUUUUAGACUCACCUGUAGAAUCUUCAGGCACCGUAAUGUGUAACUGUAUUUCAUGUAUCCUACCAAAUCCCUUCAUGUGGUAAGGGACUGUUUGCAUAUGACUGAUCAGGGAGGUUGGAUGAGAAAUACCAUUCUAGUUUCUACCCUCAUAAGAAAGAUGGGUCAAAAUGUUCAGCAUAUCACCCACUAUAGACUUCGGCCCAUAAUGCAAGGCUGUUGGAAUGUUCCCUCUUGAGUGUGGAAUGCUGCAGGAGGAGGCAAUAGGGCUACUGCUAUCUCAAUGGCUUCUUGUCUUCCUCUGAGUCUUGUGGGCCUCGCCUGUGUCCUACCGUAACUCCCAGUGGAAUGCCAUCCCUCUCUCUAUGGGCUGUGUUGUGCCCCUAAAGGUCAACCCCUGGCCUGGUACAGCUUCCUAUCCAGCCGCUUGUAUGGCCUACAUGUCAUCCUGCAGACAAUCAUUUGACUAACAUGCAAAGGAAUGUAGGCAGUAGCGAGAUCUGUUUAAAGCUUCAGCCAACUCCUAUGAUGUUUGUUGUCAUGCUAUAUGUGUUUGCAUGACAACAGAACAUGACAGAGAAAAGGCUAAAGGGAAUCUGCCUCUGUCUUUGAAUUCUAUUCCAGGGCUGCGUUCAGUACGGGAAAAAAGGUGUGCACUCUGCAACGUUUAAUUAAACGAAACGGUGCUGUUCAGAACGACCAGUUGAAAAACUGGGAGGGGUUGGGUUGUGCACAGCUGCCCUUUAAAUACAUCACUCAUUGCUUCGAGCCACACCCUCCAAACGUUCCUCAAAGUCUUGUAGAAAAAAGAAGGAAGGGAAGCGCUGCAAUGGUACACAAUAGUAGGUCUUUGGUAAAAGAGGUAAAUUGGUCAUCAAAAAGAAAGGAGGACCAAGGCACUCUAUAUAUAAUUAAUUAAAAUGCCUUUGUUUGUAUGACAUGUUCAAUGGAAACAAAGUUUAAAAACUCCAACGCAUUCUGGACUUUGUCAGGGAGUACAAAGUCUGUUCAAGAACAUUGAACGUUUUGGGGAAACGUGCCGUUCAGUACAAACCGUCACACAACGUAGCAAACGUUUAAUCGAACUGAACGCACCCCAGUUGUUUGAGCACAAACCUUCUGUUGUUUCUGUCUUUGAAUUUGUCAUCCAUGAUGCACCAUCUUCUCAGCUACCCUCCUGGCUCAGUGGUGGUGGUUUACAGCAGCAGGCACUUAUUAACCUGUGUUCUCUUACCUGUGCUCACUUACCCACACUGAAGAUGGGAUGGUCUGUGGUGUGAAGACUAAUUGUGUGUUUAUGCUUUAACUGUAUCCUCUCUGAGAGCUACUUAUUUCUUAGAAAACCAUACAGGCCCUCUGUUUCCUCAGCUGGUUGUCUAUUUGCUCUAAUGCUUUUCAUUUAGGAACACACACACACACACACUAUCAAACUCUGCCUUUUCUCCUCUCUAUCAACUUCUGUCUGGAGCACUCUCACAAUCUGCCAGUGCCUCUCUUUCUAUAUCAAGAACUGUAACACACAUUUCUAUCAAAGUACAGCCAUUCCUCUCCCCUCCAUUAAUGUGUAUGAUGGAUGUCAUGGUAGUUCAGUGACUUAUGGCAGGCUGAGAUGUAUUGUAGGCUUGGGCGGUAUACCGUAUAUACCAGGGUUCCCCAACUGGUGGCCUGUGGGUGGUUUUAUUUGGCCCCCCAAGUUUUCUGAGCAAAAUAAAUAAUGUAUUUUUUGUAUUUUAAUUGUUGGACAUAAAAACUGUAAAAACGCCAUAAUAGAGAGACACAUAAUCGUAUACAAAUGUAAGCAAGGUUUGAAAAUAUUAUGUUUUAGUCAAACAUUAUCUGUUUGGGCUUCUUGCGGAAAAUGUGCAGUCUACAAAUUAUUUGUAAUUAUGUUCCAGCCCCUCGACCAUCAGCUCAACAAAAAAUCGGCUAAUUUAGUAGCUAGUUAGCUAUCUAGCUAAGUGGUUAGCUAGCUUCUUCCAAAAUCAAGCAUUUGCUUGGUACAGCAGAGAAUCCCCUUCUGGUUCAAGAGCCUUGCUGUCUAAUAUUCGUUUUGUGCUUGCAGCAAACUGUGAGUAGCAUUUUAUUCUUACUUGUAUAGUUUAGGUCAGAAACAGGACAAAAUGUUCGAAAUGCGCUCGUUAGCAUUCUCUAUUUGGAUUCCUUAGUACUUGUUAGCAUUUUGUUAUUAUUCUGGUAAGUUACGUUUUUGAGGCUUUGAAUAUUAGUACAUUUUAAAUAAAUACUUGCAGUCAAGACCCAUGGGGCGGCGCACAAUUGGCCCAGCGUCGUCCAGGGUAGGGGAGGGAAUGGCCUGCAGUGAUGUAGCUCAGUUGGUAGAGCAUGGCGUUUGCAACGCCAGGGUUGUGGGUUCGAUUCCCACGGGGGGCCAGUAUGAAAAGAAAUAAUAUAUAUAUAUAAUAAUGUAUGCACUCACUAACUGUAAGUCGCUCUGGAUAAGAGCGUCUGCUAAAUGACGUAAAUGUAAAUGUAAUGUAAAUGUCAACUUGUGCGAUAGGGAAUAGAUAAAGCAGAUCGCGUUCAUCAUUUCGCCCAUUAGAUCAUUUUUCAUUAUGAAGCUUACCGGUACUAGUUUCCCAAAACAGCGGUUUGAGCCAGUCACGUGUUUUGUUUACAAAGAAGCACAAUGAGCAAAAUGGGAGUUACGUAAGGUGGCACUCCUGCAGCGCAACAAGUGAGGUGAUCAAGUCACACAUGUAUGAAAUUCACUACUGUUUGCCAGCUAUAUAUCUUAUUAUUAAGUUAACUAUUGAAGAUGUGCCAAAUAAAUUAUCUCCAGCUGGGUUUUGCUAACUUGCUAAUGUUAGCUAAGUGGCUGAUCAAGCUUCUUGGUUAUAGCAGCAGAGACAAUUCCCUCCUAGAUUAAGAUCCCUGCUGCUUAAUAUUUGUUUUGUGCGUAAUGCAAACAGCGUUUUGAGAUACUUCCAGAUCUUUAUGAGCUGGGUUGUCUGCCCAACCCCUCUGAAUCGGUAUUAAAUGUUUGCAAAUCGGUAGUAAAUGUUUGCAUGCGUUCGUUAGCAUUUACCUAGCAUCCGCUAUGAGAAUUCCUUAGCACCUGUUAGCAUUCUGGUUCUCAUUUGAGAAAUAACAAAUAGCACCCCUUGUGUACACUACCAGUAAUACCGUAAAUCCCGGGAUGGCACGGUAUGAAGGAAUGGAAAUCUGGAUACCGCCCAACCCUAGUAUUGUGUCGAGAGGCAGGCCAUUGAUCCAUUCCCAUUAGUAGAACUAGCAGUUUAUUGUACUUUGUGAAUCUUUCUAGUCUAUCAUUGUUCUAUCAUUGCCUUUCUCCCCACCUUAGCAGCUGGGCGCUGCAGCCUCUAUUCUCAUCUGUUAUUUGUAUAAAGAGCUAGAAGAUGUUCUUGACCUUGUUGAGAAAGAACACUCGAUAAGUGUGAAACAUUUUAUUUGUCCUCCAUAGCAGAGCUCAGUUUCCUGCUUACUAUUCAACGAUGAUAUGAUCUGUACUGUAUAAUGUGGGUGUGGGUGCUUACGUGUGUGCAUGGGUACGUGUGUGUGUGUUUUGUCAGUACCUCCAUACCACCUUUGGAGUGCGGGAAAGGAACAGUACAUCAUAUUCAGCCUGGUCUCAGACCACAGGAGAGCGUCACACUAUUAGGGAUCAGACUGACUAGGGAAAACAGCUUAUGAGGCUCCAGAAAACAUCAUUAUACUGUAUGUGGGUGAUUUCUUAUAUAAGGGACAUUUGGAAAAAUAUCCACAGUAGUAUUCCUUUCAGUCUGUGUUGUCAGGUUCCCUUAGCGAGGGGGAGCUACGCUACUAUUUAUUUUGGUCUGCUGGUGAUGAUGGCGCAUCAAUCCUUUGUUAUGUUUUCAUAACGUUAACAUUGUAAUGUUCCCCACCUGCUCCCCCCUCCCUAUUCUUCAGCACCUCUCUCUCUCUCCCUCUCUGAGUGGCGUGGCUGUGCAUGUGCUCUGCUCAGCAGUGGAAUGAUCUGCUGUGCUGUGCUCUUCCCCACAGAACAGCACACAGUGUGAGAGAAUGACACAAAUCCUUUACCAGGGCCAAGCUCUCUAAUUACGCCUGCUCUUCUGGGGAGAGAACAGACAAUAUGAACCAUCUGUUAACGUCCUACCCUCUUAGAACCCAGCCUGUUUUCAUCCAUUUCACCGUCCUUGUGCUCAUACAUGUCUUACAUGUUCACUCGUCCGUAAUCCUGUUUUUAUGGUAUUAUGUCUUUUGUUGUCGUCAAUUAAGUGGAAAACACCAGAUGACCUAUCAUUGUAACUGGAAUAUAGAGUAGAGGAGAUUAAGUGCUUUAUUUAAAAUCAAAUCAAAUUGUAUUGGUUGCAUACACAUUUAGCAGAUGUUAUUGUGGGUGUAGCGAAAUGCUUGUUUUCCUAGCUCCAACAGUGCAGUAAUAUCUAACAAUACACACAAAUCUAAAAAGUAAAAGAAUGGUAUUAAGAAAUAUAGAAAUAUUAGGAUGAGCAAUGUCAGAAUAUAUAUAUAUAUAUAUAUAUAUAUAUUACACACAGUACCAGUCAAAAGUUUGGACACACCUACUCAUUCAAGGGUUUUUCUUUAUUUUUAAUUGGGUUGAGGUCGGGGGAUUGUGGAGGCCAGGUCAUCUGAUGCAGCACUCCAUCACUCUCCUUCUUGGUAAAAUACCCUUACACAGCCUGGAGGUGUUUUGGGUCAUUGUACUGUUGAAAAUUAAGUGAUAGUCCCACUAAGCCCAAACCAGAUGGUUUGGCGUAUCACUGCAGAAUGCUGUGGUAGCCAUGCUGGUUAAGUGUGCCUUGAAUUCAAAAUAAAUCACAGACAGUGUCACCAGCAAAGCACACCACACCAUAACACCUCCUCCUCCAUGCUUUACGGUGGGAACUACACAUGCAGAGAUCAUCCGUUCACCCACACCGCGUCUCACAAAGACACGGCGGUUGGAACCAAAAAUCUCACAUUUCGACUCCAGACCAAAGGACACAUUUCCACCGGUCUAAUGUCCAUUGCUCGUGUUUCUUGGCCCAAGCAGGUCUCUUCUUCUUAUUGGUGUCCUUAAGUAGUGGUUUCUUUGCAACAAUUUGACCAUGAAGGCCUGAUUCACACAGUCCCCUCUGAACAGUUGACGUUGAGAUGUCUGUUACUUGAACUUUGUGAAGCAUUUAUUUGGGCUGCAAUUUCUGAGGCUGGUAACUCUAAUGAACUUAUCCUCUGCAGCAGAGGUAACUCUGGGUCUUCCAUUCCUGUGGCGGUCCUCAUGAGAGCCAGUUUCAUCAUGGCGCAUGAUGGUUUCUGCGACUGACGGCACUUGAAAUGUUCUGUAUUGACUGACCUUCAUGUCUUAAAGUAAUGAUGGACUGUUGUUUCUCUUUGCUUAUUUGAGCUGUUCUUGCCAUAAUAUGGACUAGGUCUUUUACCAAAUAGGGCUAUCUUCUGUAUACCCCGCCUACCUUGUCACAACACAACUGAUUGGCUCAAACGCAUUAAGAAGGAAAUAAAUUCCACAAAUGAACUUUUAACAAGGCACACCUGUUAAUUGAAAUGCAUUCCAGGUGACUAUAAUAAUAAAAUAAUAAUAAUAUGCCAUUUAGCAGACGCUUUUAUCCAAAGCGACUUACAGUCGUGCGUGCAUACGUUUUUUUUGUGUAUGGGUGGUCCCGGGGAUCGAACCCACUACCUUGGCGUUACAAGCGCCGUGCUCUACCAGCUGAGCUACAGAGGACCACAUGAAGCUGGUUGAGAGAAUGCCAAGAGUGUGCAAAGCUGUCAUCAAGGCAAAGGGUGUCUAUUUGAAGAAUCUCAAAUAUAAAAUAUAUUUUGAUUUGUUUAACACUUAUUUGGUUACUACAUGAUUCCAUGUGUGUUAUUUCAUAGUUUUGAUGUCUUCACUAUUAUUCUACAAUGUGAAAAAUAGUAAAAAUAAAGAAAAACCCUUGAAUGAGUAGGUGUGUCCAAACUUUUGACUGGUAGCGUAUAUAUACUGUAUGUGAUGAGAUGUAUAGACAAUAUGGACAGUAUAUGGAUAGAUAUGUAAUAUACAGUGGGGAAAAAAAGUAUUUAGUCAGCCACCAAUUGUGCAAGUUCUCCCACUUAAAAAGAUGAGAGAGGCCUGUAAUUUUCAUCAUAGGUACACGUCAACUAUGACAGACAAAUUGAGGGAAAAAAAUCCAGAAAAUCACAUUGUAGGAUUUUUAAUGAAUUUAUUUGCAAAUUAUGGUGGAAAAUAAGUAUUUGGUCACCUACAAACAAGCAAGAUUUCUGGCUCUCACAGACCUGUAACUUCUUCUUUAAGAGGCUCCUCUGUCCUCCACUCGUUACCUGUAUUAAUGGCACCUGUUUGAACUUGUUAUCAGUAUAAAAGACACCUGUCCACAACCUCAAACAGUCACACUCCAAACUCCACUAUGGCCAAGACCAAAGAGCUGUCAAAGGACACCAGAAACACAAUUGUAGACCUGCACCAGGCUGGGAAGACUGAAUCUGCAAUAGGUAAGCAGCUUGGUUUGAAGAAAUCAACUGUGGGAGCAAUUAUUAGGAAAUGGAAGACAUACAAGACCACUGAUAAUCAUCCUCGAUCUGGGGCUCCACGCAAGAUCUCACCCCGUGGGGUCAAAAUGAUCACAAGAACGGUGAGCAAAAAUCCCAGAACCACACAGAGGGACCUAGUGAAUGACCUGCAGAGAGCUGGGACCAAAGUAACAAAGCCUACCAUCAGUAACACACUACGCCGCCAGGGACUCAAAUCCUGCAGUGCCAGACGUGUCCCCCUGCUUAAGCCAGUACGUCCAGGCCCGUCGGAAGUUUGCUAGAGUGCAUUUGGAUGAUCCAGAAGAGGAUUGGGAGAAUGUCAUAUGGUCAGAUGAAACCAAAAUAGAACUUUUUGGUAAAAACUCAACUCGUCGUGUUUGGAGGACAAAGAAUGCUGAGUUGCAUCCAAAGAACACCAUACCUACUGUGAAGCAUGUGGGUGGAAACAUCAUGCUUUGGGUCUGUUUUUCUGCAAAGGGACCAGGACGACUGAUCCGUGUAAAAGAAAGAAUGAAUGGGGCCAUGUAUCGUGAGAUUUUGAGUGAAAACCUCCUUCCAUCAGCAAGGGCAUUGAAGAUGAAACGUGGCUGGGUCUUUCAGCAUGACAAUGAUCCCAAACACACCGCCCGGGCAACGUCUCCAGAUCUCAACCCCAUAGAAAAUCUUUGGAGGGAGUUGAAAGUCCGUGUUGCCCAGCGACAGCCCCAAAACAUCACUGCUCUAGAGGAGAUCUGCAUGGAGGAAUGGGCCAAGAUACCAGCAACAGUGUGUGAAAACCUUGUGAAGACUUACAGAAAACGUUUGACCUGUGUCAUUGCCAACAAAGGGUAUAUAACAAAGUAUUGAGAAACUUUUGUUAUUGACCAAAUACUUAUUUUCCACCAUAAUUUGCAAAUAAAUUCAUAAAAAAUCCUACAAUGUGAUUUUCUGGAUUUUUUUUCCUCAAUUUGUCUGUCAUAGUUGACGUGUACCUAUGAUGAAAAUUACAGGCCACUCUCAUCUUUUUAAGUGGGAGAACUUGCACAAUUGGUGGCUGACUAAAUACUUUUUUCCCCCACUGUAUCUGAGGAAUAGUAUACAGUGAGGGGAAAAAAGUAUUUGAUCCCCUGCUGAUUUUGUACGUUUGCCCACUGACAAAGACAUGAUCAGUCUAUAAUUUUAAUGGUAGGUUUAUUUGAACAGUGAGAGACAGAAUAACAACAAAAAAAUCCAGAAAAACGCAUGUCAAAAAUGUUAUAAAUUGAUUUGCAUUUUAAUGAGGGAAAUAUGUAUUUGAACCCUCUGCAAAACAUUACUUAGUACUUGGUGGCAAAAUACCUUGUUGGCAAUCACAGAGGUCAGAUGUUUCUUGUAAUUGGCCACCAGGUUUGCACACAUCUCAGUAGGGAUUUUGUCCCACUCCUCUUUGCAGAUCUACUCCAAGUCAUUAAGGUUUCGAGGCUGACGUUUGGCAACUCGAACCUUCAGCUCCCUCCACAGAUCUUCUAUUGGAUUAAGGUCUGGAGACUGGCUAGGCCACUCCAGGACCUUAAUGUGCUUCUUCUUGAGCCACUCCUUUGUUGCCUUGGCCGUGUGUUUUGGGUCAUUGUCAUGCUGGAAUACCCAUCCACGACCCAUUUUCAAUGCCCUGGCUGAGGGAAGGACGUUCUCACCCAAGAUUUGACGGUACAUGGCCCCGUCCAUCGUCCCUUUGAUGCGGUGAAGUUGUCCUGUCCCCUUAGCAGAAAAACACCCCCAAAGCAUAAUGUUUCCACCUCCAUGUUUGACGGUGGGGAUGGUGUUCUUGGGGUCAUAGGCAGCAUUCCUCCUCCUCCAAACACGGCGAGUUGAGUUGAUGCCAAAGAGCUCAAUUUUGGUCUCAUCUGACCACAACACUUUCACCCAGUUCUCCUCUGAAUCAUUCAGAUGUUCAUUGGCAAACUUCAGACGGGCAUGUAUAUGUGCUUUCUUGAGCAGGGGGACCUUGCGGGCGCUGCAGGAUUUCAGUCCUUCAUGGCGCAGUGUGUUACCAAUUGUUUUCUUGGUGACUAUGGUCCCAGCUGCCUUGAGAUCAUUGACAAGAUCCUCCCGUGUAGUUCUGGGCUGAUUCCUCACCGUUCUCAUGAUCAUUGCAACUCCACGAGGUGAGAUCUUGCACGGAGCCCCAGGCCGAGGGAGAUUGACAGUUAUUUUGUGUUUCUUCCAUUUGCGAAUAAUCGCACCAACUGUUGUCACCUUCUCACCAAGCUGCUUGGCAAUGGUCUUGUAGCCCAUUCCAGCCUUGUGUAGGUCUACAAUCUUGUCCCUGACAUCCUUGGAGAGCUCUUUGGUAUUGGCCAUGGUGGAGAGUUUGGAAUCUGAUUGAUUGAUUGAUUCUGUGGACAGGUGUCUUUUAUACAGGUAACAAGCUGAGAUUAGUAGCACUCCCUUUAAGAGUCUGCUCCUAAUCUCAGCUCGUUACCUGUAUAAAAGACACCUGGGAGCCAGAAAUCUUUCUGAUUGAGAGGGGGUCAAAUACUUAUUUCCCUCAUUAAAAUGCAAAUCAAUUUUUGACAUUUGUUUUUCUGGAUUUUUUUUACAAUUAAAAUUAUAGACUGAUAAUUUCUUUGUCAGUGGGCAAACGUACAAAAUCAGCAGGGGAUCCAAUACUUUUUUCCCUCACUGUAUGUCCGUCAAUAGUUAUAGUUGAAUAGGAUAGGCCUUCACUAGAAUACAGUAUAUAACAUUGAUUUAAAGUGACCAGUGUUCCAUGACUAUGUACGUAGGGCAGCAGCCUCUAAGGUGCAUGGUAGAGUAACCGGGUGGUAGCCGGCUAGUGACAGUGACUAAAGUUCAGGGCAGGGUACUGGGUGGGAGUCGGCUAGUGGUGACUAUUUAACAGUCUGAUGGCCUUGACAUAGAAGCUGUUUUUCAGUCUCUCGGUCCCAAAAACUCUACGUCUACUCUCUACAUGUGAAGUCCUUUAUUUAACCUCUCCUCUCCAAUCGCUCUCUCUGCAGAGGACGGACCCUCAGCUCCUGGCCCAGUUCUACUAUGCUGAUGAGGAGCUCAACCAAGUGGCCACAGAACUGGACAGCCUGGAUGGCAGGAAGGACCCUCAGAGGUGUACCCUGCUGGUCAACCAGUUCAGAUCCUGUCAGGUAAGAAUCUAUAGGGACUGACACUGGUUCAUUUGAAUACCCUCGGACUAGGGCUACAAUUCUAGAGCAAGUCUUUUAUAGUUUCGUUUCGCCAUGUUUCUAAUUUCUUUGACUUCAAACUCCAUCAAUUAAUACAAAUCCAUCACAGACAUUUUAUGAGGUAAUGCUAUAACCCUUUUUGACAGCGAGCACUUAAAUAAUCCGCCAAGCAAAGUGAGUGAGAGUUCAAGUAUUGAAGUUUGAGUUUGACCUCAAAUGUUUAAAACUACUACAAGAAUUCAAGUGUUUGCCCGUUAAAUGGAUGUGUUUUUGAGUUUAGAGGAUCAUUUAUUUUUUACUCCUGAGUGGAGUUUGAACCACAAAAAGCCUGAUAUGGUUGGCUAAUAUGGUAGGGGUUGUAUGAUUGGACGGGCCCUUAAAUCAAUCCGGCUCACAGGGACAAGGUGAGAUAAGGAGUCCCUCUGGGUGGAAGCAGGUGAUUAUCUUGUCACAUUUUGUUGUUGUUUUGUUUGCCCUUAUCAGGUUGUGAGUAGGUUGUGUUGCUGUUAUCUAGGUCAGGACUGAAUGCUUGGAUGAGUGACAUCUUUGGAAGGCUUUUAUCUAGAGAUAUUAUAUCAUGACACACCUGGUUUGAUGUUUUCAGGCAGUAUGGGGUCAGAGUGAAGUGUUGACUGUCAGGUUGUUGUUGUAUGACUUGAUAUGUCAAUGUUAUGUAUAUCAACUAUAGGAUAUUAGCAUGCUUGACAGGAGAUAAAGGUUAUCCGCCACACAAACAUACUGUAUUUGUCUCUGUCUGAGACCUGUCACAUGACAGAUGGUAGGCCAUUGUGUCGAUUUGGAGUCGGGGGACUUUGACAUUUAUAUACUAUUCAUCCUCCAGAUAUGUGGUGAGGCGUGUGGGGUCGGGACUGUGUGAGUUGAUGGCUGCUGCCUGCUGGGGUGAUGUUCAGGGGGGCAGACUGAGAGAGGUCGUUAGCAGGCCCACCACCAUGCAUGAGCCUAGUGCACCCAGGGCCCUGAGGGGGGGGGGGGGGGGGGGGGGUGCUUCUAAUAAGGUCACUACUUGAUAUCUAUCUGCUUUCCCUCUCUUCAAUUUCUCUCUCUCUAUCCCUCCCUCCCACCCACCUCCUUGCUCCCUUUCUCCAUUCCAUGCUCUCAUUGGCCCUCCUCUCUUCGUCUUUCGCUCGCUUCAUUGACACCUUAAAGAUGCACUAUGCAGAUAUCUCUCCGCCAUUUCCUUGUUGCAAAAAUUCUAAUAGUUCGCCUAAUUUCAGUUUAUGUGACAAAACAAGCAAGUAUAGUGUAGAGAAUCAUUGUACUGUGAAAUAUAUUUUCCAUAACCAAAAAUAUUGUAUUUUCAUCUGUUUUGAAGCUGGUGUACAAAACCGAAAGUAAAAUAUGCAAACACUAAACUUAAAAACGGGAAGCAUAGAAAUAGCACACAGAACAGAUGUACCGCUUCUUACACUUGGUUUCAAUGAGAAUGACAGAUCUUUAACACACACUUCUAUUUGGUGGGGUCACCCAAAAAGUUACAUAUUGCAGCUUUAAAUUGACCACGCCGUGCUGUGGUCUGUGUGUUAGCUGUACAUUAUGAUGUGCUUCGUAAAACGAAAGAAAGGCUUUUAGCUGACUGCAGGACAUUUUCAGCAACUGAGAAAUAUCAUUCCGGGUUUGGCUCAUUCCAUAUCUCCCCCUAAAGGAAAAUAAGAAUGCUUCAGGGAAGCUGCGCUGCCUCUUAGUCUCAGUCAGUGUUUUGCUUACACACUCAGUAAUGCGAAACACUUUCACUUUUCAAGUUGCAGUUUAAUGUGUAAUAUAUUUGCUAUACUUUUAAAUCCCAUGGUUAGAAAAGUAUUUUGGUUUAGGCUACCUCGUGAAGACAAGAAACACAAUGUUACCAGCAUGCUUUCAUAAUACCCUGUAUACCUGAGAACCCCAGAAUGGAAGGCAAGUGGUCUGACUGUGCAGAGUUGUCUGCUCGACCCUAAUGUAGCUCUUAUGAGCUCCUUAUUCGUGGCCAUGGGCUUCACUGGGGUGCCAAGCUGCUCAAGUUAUGUUGGCGUGGUUGCUCUCACUGCAUGGACUGCAGGAGCGGAUAGGGAGCGAGGGAAGGAGACAGAGACAGAUUAACAGUAAAAGAGAUAAAAGAAGAGAGAGCAAAGCAGAAACCUAGAGGGUAGGAGUGUAGAGCGAGCAAGCUCUCGAUCUGCAGCUACUGUAGGUAUCAUCCCAAUGUCAUUUUCUGUGAUGAGGGCUGAUAGUGGUCAAGAUUAGACCUAGCUGUAGUGUACCAUACAAUACUAUGGCCAGAGGGGGGGGAGGGAGGGAGGGAGGGAGGGGAGGAGGGAGGAGGGGAGGGAGGGUGAGGGAGGGAGUGCAUGAGGGUGAUGCGAGAUAGAGAGGGAUGAUCGGGAUGGCUGCUCGCUUCUCAUUCUCUCUAUGCUCUCUCGAGCGAGAUCUCUCAGAGCGAGUAGCUCUCUCGCAUAGCUCUUCUCUCUCUCUCUCUCGCUCUCUCUCUCUCUCUCGCUCCCUCUCUAGCUCUCUCCUCUCUCUCUCUCUCUCUUCCUCUCGCUCCUCUAUGAUCUAGCUCUCUUUCCUCUACUUCUCGCUGCUCUCCUCCUCUCUCUCUGUCUCUCCUCCUCCAUUGCGUAUCUUUCUCGCCUAUCUCCUGUCCCCUCUCAGCCAUACACGAUAGCUUGUUGACGUCCCGGCACACAAGCUUUGAUAAAGCUCUCGCUUUGUGCCAAUGUGUUUGCACCGCUGCAAUUAUGGGAUUUAGUUGUGUUUUUUUUUUUAUUGAGGGGGAAUUAAGUUGUGACUGAGGGCUAUAAUGUGACCGUUCUGGCCAUGGGUCUGUCUAAUUGUUUUCAGCCUAUUCCCUGUUUAAAGGGAUUCUCCGGUACAGUUGUAUACCUUUUCGCCAGUAGUUCUGAAAGUAGCGCUUAGGAGACAAAAGUGGUCCCCGAAAAUGGCGUACUACGUCACGUACAGUAUGUGCAGAUAUGUACACCACGUCAUUGGUCUCUUUCUCGCUCUGCUGUGUGUGCAUCUUGCUAGCUAGGGAUUUCGUGGCAAAUUGAGGUAAGAGAGUAAUUCUGCUCAUAGAUUAUGCAUAUGAACUACACAUUGACAAAUCCAGCUCAAAGCGGGAAGUUAAAAAAAUACUUAGUAGCUGCAAAAUGUCCGGUGCAUGUCUUCAAGACACUACAUGUAGAGGGUGAUAUUGAGUUAGAGGAUUUACAUGAGUAGUUUGUGAAACAUUAUUAGAAAACAUGUGUUCUUUUGCUCUGUUUCCAGUCGUUCACCCAACAGGAAAAAAUAUAUUGACUGGCCUUUUUCAUUCAGUACAUUUAUCCACUAAUUUAGUCACUCCCUGUGUCUGCAGGACAAUGUGUUGAACAUUAUCAACCAGAUCAUGGAUGAAUGUAUCCCUGGUGACAGAGCCAACAGAGACUUCUGUGUCAAGUUCCCAGAGGAGAUUCGCCAUGACAACCUGGCAGGACAGCUGUGGUUUGGGGCUGAGGUACUGUACUGUAUGCCGUCCAGUAUCAUCUCACACCACAAUAACUAUAGGCACUCUUAAAGAAGUUCUCGCUAUGUAAAGGUGUAUCGUUAUAUAGCCGAACUCAUUAUUCCUUGUGUUAAUCCCUUGCACAUAGACAACCAAGUCUUAAUGAGACUAACCUGGAUAAAUAACUCCAGUCAUUCCCUUCUCUCUCCAUCUGUGUGUGUAGUGUCUGGCUGCAGGCUCCAUCAUCAUGAACAGGGAGCUAGAGAGCAUGGCCAUGAGGCCUCUAGCCAAGGACCUGACCCGUAGUCUGGAGGAGGUCCGCAACAUCACGCGAGACCAGGCCCUCAGAGACCUCAACUUCUACACCGACCGCAUGAGGGACGCGCUGCGCCACUUCGACAGCCUCUUCGCUGAGUUUGAGCUCAGGUAGCUAUAGGACAUCAACAUCUUUAGGUUUUGGACAUCAUCAACUACAACAUAUUUGACUGUAUUUACGUUUUUUUUUUUUUUUUUACACAAUUCCCUCUAUCUCCUCUUCUGUCAGCUAUGUGUCAGCCAUGGUGCCUGUGAAGUCUUCCAAAGAAUACUAUGUUCAGCAGGAGGUGAUUGUGCUCUUCUGUGAGACUGUGGAGAGGUGAGUUGUAUGGGGAGGCCACAGAGGAAUAGAGACGAGUGAUGUCACAUGGGAAAGUCCAGGAAGUUUCAGACAUGGUACUCCAUGCAUGCAGGGUUUUGGUUGGCCAGUAUUAUUUCACAGCCUCUCAUCUUUGUUGUUUGUCUCAGGGCACUCAAGCUGGGCUAUCUCAGCCAAGACAUGAUCGAUGACUAUGAACCCGCUCUGAUGUUUACCAUCCCCAGACUAGCCAUUGUGUGGUAAGUGUUUUCUCCUCUUCCUCUUCUUCCUAGAACUCUCUGACAGUAAAAACAUGUUAUAAUCCCCCUGUCUGUCCCUCAGUGGUCUGGUGGUGUACUGUGAAGGUCCGCUUAACCUGGAUAGGAAACCAGAGGACAUGUCUGAGCUCCUCCGGCCUUUUCGCACUUUACUGAAGAAGAUCAGGUACCGUUAAGAGGAUACACAUAUAGAUUGUCCUCUGUAUUUAAUCAUAGGUAGAAAAUAGCGCUGUCAAUCUUCACAACAAUCUUUUGAACGUCAGUCUCAAGAACCUGGGCAAACAAUCUAAAGGUCAUGGCGCACUAUCAUCCUCAUUGAGUGAUCUUUUUAGGCUGGUAAGUAUGUUGUUAAGGUUGUGUUAUUCCCAUAGGGACCUGCUGCAGACCCUGUCAGAGGAGGAGUUGUUGACGCUGGAGCGGAGCCUUUGUAUCUCUCAGGACGGGGAGUUCCCUUUGGUCCCUGAGCGCCCCCCCACCCCAGCCCCCACCAUCACCCCAGACCCCCCCUCAUCCAGCAGCCCCACCAGCGACACCCCCGAGGGGGGAGCGAGAAGGAGCAGCAGCAGGAGGUGCUGUCUCUGUGCAUUUCCCACAUCCAGGAGGAGGACCGGGAGUGGGAGGAGGUGAAGCGGGCGAAGGAGCAGGGUUCUCUGUGUGAGGAGGUGGAGGAGGCAGACCUGGCAUGCUCAAUGCAAUAUGAUGAGGAAGAGAUCGAACAGCUCAACAUGAUGGUGUACCGUGUGGGGGACGAGAUGUCCACGCUGCUGUCCCCUCCCAGCCAGGGCCAGUCCCCGGCCCACCGCCCCAACAGAGGGGGCUCCAGCGGGGGCUCCAGCACCGAAGCCUCCCCCCUCCGGGUCCUGGUGGGCCGGGGCAGAACAGGUCUCUACCAAGAGGAGGAGGACAGAGUCUUCUUCAUGGAGGACCUGGACGCAGGAGGGGACAUUGUGACCAGUAGCCGUCUGACCUCGCCUUCCAAAGCCCCUCAGCCCUCCUCGCCUCAGCCCCGCAGGCCUGGCCCCCUGACAGACUCAACCAGGAAUGGCUGGCCCACUGACGCUCAGUCAGAUCCGUCCCAGCAGCCCCAAAACCUGCCCCCACAGUGCCCCAGCACCAAGCGACCCGGCCUGGAGCCCCUGCCCUAUACUAAUGGCUGGGAGGUGGGCCUGGAGGGGGGCGAGACUGCUGAAGUCAUCGCACACCGUAUGGGAGGGAUGAAGCUCUCGGCCACGGUCAUCUUCAACCCCGGCUCCCCCAGCCUGACUGAGCUGGCUGUGGACAAGCUGCUCCUGCCCCACCCCCCCUCCUCCUCAGAGACAGAGCCCUGUGGCCCCCUGGUGGCCACCCACUGCCUGCUCAACUCCUGUGUCUGCUGCGGCAGCUGUGAAGAGGGCCAUGAUGACACCCUCACCAUGGACACCACAGGGCUGGGGAUGGGCCUGGGGUUGGACAAACACUGCAAGCCCCCUCCGCCACACAGCCCUGUCAUCCAGUCCUCUGCCUGUCGCCUGGCCUCCUCAGGACACAACCUACAUGGGAAGGGGGACUCUCCCCCCCAGCUGAUGCCCCCCUCCUCCCGCUGCUCCUCAGAGCCACCUCCAGGGGAGGAGGAAGGGGACCAGCGCUGUGACAAGUGCCAGGUGGUGGUGGCCCCAGGACCUCAGCAGGGCCUGGGCCAGGACAGCAGCCCCAAUGGAGUAAGGGGAGCCCCAGAGCCCUGUGUCCACCAGUGGAGGACAGUGAGGAGGCCUCAGGCCAGCAGGGGAAGGGACAGGGACAGGACGGGGACCAGAGAGGCAGACGGGGAGUCCAAGGAAGAGAGCAAGAACAACACUAGGUAUGAGCACAUGUACUAUAGGUGUGUGAUUGGAUGAUGUGUUUUCAGCGCUCCACUUCAAAGCAGGUAGGCCUCAACAACAGUCAUUUACAUAUCUGUGGAAAGCAAACUUCCUCCACGUCCCUCUGGCUAAUUUAACCCACAUCUUGUCAUCCACUUGUUGAUUGUGUUUGAUGUUCUAGUUGCUAUUUGCACUUGCCUUUAUGCUACUUUUGUUCCAAUCAUAACGUUCACAGAUGCCGUUUUAUGUUGCCCAUAUGUUAUCGGUUUAUUAUUUAAUUUAAUGAUUCAUUCCCAGUUUUUUUCAGGACUCUCCUCUCAGCUCAGUCUCCAGUAGUGACUGUGAGAGUGUGUCUGUCACCACAUGUAGUCUGUCCAGCAGUGCUUAUACAGCCAGGUAACCACUGGCCGUGUGUUUCUGUUUCAUACAUCCCCAUGUUACAGCUUAUGGUAUUACUAUAACCCUUGCAAUUAACCUCUAUUUCACUCAUUGUUGAGAUUGAAAUCAACCACAACCCCUAUAGUACGAUGCAUAUUCAAGUACAGUAGACAAUAUUUUGGUGAACAGUGUUUCUGUGUUUAUAAGAAUGACAAUGUGACAGUCCCUCCUCUGCCUCUCUCCCUCCAUUCUCCCUCUCCCUUCACUGGAUCUCUCUCUCUCCUGCUCACACUCUCUCUCUCUCUCUCGUACGUGCGCUCCCCCUCUGUCCUCCAGCCCUGUCAGCAGUCUGACCAUGAGCUCAGGGACGUCAGAGGAUCUGGACCACCAUGAGAUCCAGCUGGCCCUGCAGGCUGCUAAGAUGGCCACCAGGAACAAGAUCCGCUCGCGCUUCCACAGCAGCAGUGACCUCAUCCACCGCCUCUUCGUCUGCAUAUCGGGUAUCUCUCUCUCUCUCUCUCUCUCUCUCUCUCUCUCUGUCUGUCUGUCUCGACUGUCUGUCUGUCCAAGGAUAUUUAUCUCUCUCUCUCUCUCUCUCUCUCUCUCUCGACUGUCUCUCUCUCUCUCGACUGUCUCUCUCUCUCGACUGUCUCUCUGUCCAAGGAUAUUUCUCUCUCUCUCGACUGUCUGUCUGUCUGUCCAAGGAUAUUACUCUCUCUCCAAGGGUGUAUCUGUGGUUUGAUCGGGUGAAUCAGUCAAUGUUUCUCAUGUUUUGGUUAUUUUUACUCUGAAAGACAAUGAAAUCAGUAUUUUAUUGCUUUAAUCAGUGUGCACUCCUCUUCAUGCCACUCCAUAGUACUCCAUUACUCUUCUCUAUUUUUACAAAUGAUUUGCCGCUAGUCUUACAAGAAGCUGAAAUGACUAUGUAUGCUGAUGAUUGCACACUACACAUCAGCACCCACAGCCAGUGGGCUCACUGAGACUCUUAGCAAGGAGUUACAGUCAGUGUCAGAAUGAGUAAUAAACUGGUCUUAAAUACAUCUAAAACCAUCCUCUUAGACCUCAACCUCAACUGGAGUUUUACAUAAAGGGUGUGACCAUUGAACAAGUUGAAGAAGUUGAAGUCCUAGGUACAACAUUGGAUAGUCAGUUAUGAAGGUCAAGUCAUAUUGACAAAGUUGUUGUGAAGAUGGGGAGAGGUAUGUCUGUUAUAAAAAGAUGUUCUGUGUUUUUGACACACAGAUCAACUGUACUAGUUGUUCAGGCUUUGAUCUUGUCCAAUCUUGAUUACUGUCUGGUAAUAUGGUCAAGUGUAGCAAAGAAAGACCUAUCAAAGUUGCAGCUGGCUCAAAACAAAGCAGCAUGCCUUGCUUGCCCUUAACUGCGCACACAGAACUAACAUCAACAACAUGCAUGAUAGUUUUUCAUGGUUGAGGGUUGAGGAGAAAUUCACUACUUCUCUUCUAGUCUUUAUAAGAAACAUUUGUGUGUUGGAAAUGCGUAACCACUUGUAUAAUCUAUUUGCAUUAACUUCAAACAGACAUCCAUACCCCACCAGACACACCACUAUGGGUUUCUUCAUGGUACCCAAACCAAAAACAGAUUUAUUGCAUCGCUUAGUUAUGUAUAGAGCCAUAUCAUCCUGGAAUGCUCUGCCACCAGAGGUUACUCAGGCAAAAAUAAAGUUUAGCUUUAAAAACAAAUGUUAAAAAACAUAUUGUAUCACAGCGCCUCUCCUCUUUCUAAAGAUCUAAUUUAACUGUAUAUAAGAUUAUGAAUGAUGUGUAAAUAGUAUUUUUGUUGUCCCUUGGUGUCUUUCGAAUAUAAACUCAGCAAAAAAAGAAACAUCCUCUCACUGUCAACUGCGUUUAUUUUCAGCAAACUUAACAUGUGUAAAUAUUUGUAUGAACAUAACAAGAUUCAACAACUGAGACAUAAACUGAACAAGUUCCACAGACAUGUGACUAAUAGAAAUUGAAUAAUGUGUCCCUGAACAAAGGGGGGGUCAAAAUCAAAAGUAACAUUCAGUAUCUGGUGUGGCCACCAGCUGCAUUAAGUACUGCAGUGCAUCUCCUCCUCAUGGACUGCACCAGAUUUGCCAGUUCUUGCUGUGAGAUGUUACCCCACUCUUCCACCAAGGCACCUGCAAGUUCCCAGACAUUUCUGGGGGGAAUGGCCCUAGCCCUCACCCUCCGAUCCAACAGGUCCCAGACGUGCUCAAUGGGAUUGAGAUCCGGGCUCUUCGCUGGCCAUGGCAGAACACUGACAUUCCUGUCUUGCAGGAAAUCACGCACAGAACGAGCAGUAUGGCUGGUGGCAUUGUCAUGCUGGAUGGUCAUGUCAGGAUGAGCCUGCAGGAAGGGUACCACAUGAGGGAGGAGGAUGUCUUCCCUGUAACGCACAGCUUUGAGAUUGCCUGCAAUGACAACAAGCUCAGUCCGAUGAUGCUGUGACACACCACCCCAGACCAUGACGGACCCUCCAACUCCAAAUCGAUCCCGCUCCAGAGUACAGGCCUCGGUGUAACACUCAUUCCUUCAACGAUAAACGAAAAUCCGACCAUCACCCCUGGUGAGACAAAACCGCGACUCGUCAGUGAAGAGCACUUUUUGCCUGUCCUGUCUGGUCCAGCAACGGUGGGUUUGUGCCCAUAGGCGACGUUGUUGCCGGUAUUGGAUGUCUUACAACAAGCCUACAAGCCCUCAGUCCAGCCUUUCUCAGCCUAUUGCGGACAGUCUGAGCACUGAUGGAGGGAUUGUGCGUUCCUGGUGUAACUCGGGCAGUUGUUGUUGCCAUCCUGUGCCUGUCCCGCAGGUGUGAUGUUGGGAUGUACCAAUCCUGUGCAGGUGUUGUUACACGUGGUCUGCCACUGCGAGGACGAUCAGCUGUCCGUCCUGUCUCCCUGUAGCGCUGUCUUAGGCGUCUCACAGUACGGACAUUGCAAUUUAUUGCCCUGGCCACAUCUGCAGUUAUCAUGCCUCCUUGCAGCAUGCCUAAGGCACGUUCACACAGAUGAGCAGGGACCUUGGGCAUCUUUCUUUUUAUGUUUUUCAGAGUCAGUAGAAAGGCCUCUUUAGUGUCCUAAGUUUUCAUAACUGUGACCUUAAUUGCCUACCGUCUGUAAGCUGUUAAUCUCUUAACGACCGUUCCACAGGUGCAUGUUCAUUAAUUGUUUAUGGUUCAUUGAACAAGCAUGGGAAACAGUGUUUAAACCCUUUACGAUGAAGAUCUGUGAAGUUACGUUUCUUUUUUUGCUGAGUUUAUAACUAUUUGUAUAUUUAUUUUUUCAUAUCAUUGUCUAUAACUGUUCUGUACUUUGUCAUGUAUUUGUAUGUUUUAUGUGGACCAUAGGAAGAGUAGCUGCUGCAUGUGCAGUAGCUAAUAGGGAUCCUAAUAAACUAACCUCCAAAGGUUUUACACUGUGUUCCACAAUACACUAGCCUACUGGGCUUUGCUCUUAUCAUAUGUACCACAUUUGCACCACAGUUUCCUUGCAUCUCACUGAUUCCUCUUGACCCCUUGACCCCCAGGUGUUGCUGACCAACUGCAGACAAACUACGCGGCUGACCUUCGAAGCAUCCUGAAGACACUGUUUGAAGUCAUGGCUACCUCUGAGCAAGGGGACAAUGACAAGCAGAAAGGUGAGAAUAUUUAUAUUGACUUGCAGUAAUGUCAAGGAUCUUAGUGUACUUCUCCCAGUAUGUUAUUCUGUAAUGUACUGUAUAUUGACAGAAUGACCAUGGUUAUGACACGGCUGUGCUCUGUGUGGUGCAGCAGGUCCUGGGCUGCGCAGCGCCGUGCUGGAGGACUGUGCUCUCUGUCAGGAGACCAUCUCUUCCUCGGAGCUGGCAGCCAAGGCCCGGGAGGGACAGUUCGAAGGUUAGCACCUCCCAUUUCUCCUCAAAAAUGACAUACACACAUGACAUGCAUGAAAAGUGACAUGAAUAAACAAGCAGCACUAUUAAUGUGCCCCUGCUUUUCCCUGUAGAUCCCCCAGACUGGGUGCCUGAUGAGGAAUGCGACUCCUGCAUCGCCUGUAAAGCCCCCUUCACCGUCAUCCGCAGGAAGCACCACUGUAGGAGCUGUGGCAAGGUAACACAAAGAACACCUGCACAGAUCUCUUUAAGUAUUGUACUAUGUAAAAUAAAUGGAUAACAAUCGAAUAUACCUUGUUUGUUCUACGUGUCAUUUCAGAUCUUCUGCUCUCGCUGCUCCUCCCACUCAGCCCCGUUACCGCGGUACGGCCAGGUGAAGCCUGUCAGGGUGUGUACGCACUGCUACAUGUUCCACGUCACACCGUUCUACAGCGACAAGACUGGCAUCUGACCCCUGCUGUACCAACAGACUCCCCCACCUCCCUGCCCCCUGCCUCUACAGGAGCAUAUCCAGAGGAUAUGAGGCUAUAUUCAAAGUAAAUCCCCAACUGCACAGAGCGACCUUAACGAUCAUCUUCAUCACACUGCACGGCAAGGCAAGGCUUUGUAAUAAGGUGGACAUGGAUGAGAGAGCAGAGAGAUUAAAUAAAGUCGGAUGUGAAGGCACAGACUAUGAUUAGACCCUUUCUGUUGUUGUUGAGAUGCUACUGCUGCCUGAAAGGGACCCACAGGGCCUGAUACUAUGCUGUCCUCCUCCUCUGACUCACUGAUGCCUGUCUGUGGAGGCAGAGGAAGAAGAAAGAAACAACAUACUGGAAAUACGGUUUUGUGCUGGCAUGUUGCAAGGCUACUCUGGACAGGUCCAGUCCUUUAGGAGCAGCUUCUGGGCCUAUUUGAAGCUGAAAAGAGAGAGAAAGCCUUUGGAACAUUUCUGUUUUAUUGCUUGUGUAUAAAAAAAGCUUUAGCGGGCUUCCCACACUUGUGCCAGAGCUCUCACAGGGCUCCGAUUACUUUAAAGAAUGUAAGUCAUAAUAAACAUGUAAAUAAGGAUAAUUAUGUUGAUAGUGAUGAUGAUCUCCGCACCACUGAUCUCACUUGUUUGGCCACAAUGGUUGUAAAGGUUUUAAUUUGAGUUUGUCAUGUAAUUCCUGAUGCUUUAAGGAUGAGGAGGGGAAAGCAAUCCUCAUCAGGCUACCUAUCAGCGAAGCAAAAAAAAAAAGAAGACAUUUACUCCUAAAAUGGUUUUAUGUAUCGAUUCCUCCCACGGAAACGUGUGGAGUAUUCAGCAAUGCUUUAAACGGCAAUGAAUGUGUGAUAUCAUUUAAAGACAUGGGAUUUUGAUUUUAGCGACAGUGUCUCAAAAGGACACUAAAAGUUGUCUGCCCUUUUAAUAACAAUGUGGGCAGUGGCCAUUGCUCUUUCAGUCACAUGUCAUGUUUUUUUACGAUUGAUCUUGUUCCGUACCCACCCCAACCUUAACCUGUGUAACUCAUAACCUC